AUGUUGCGAGGCGUGACAACUUUCGCUCUCUUUACCGCCGUUUCAGCAUCUUGUGCUGAGAACCCCUCCCUUCCGGAGUGUGCCGCACGCGGUAGCGAACUUCUUCAGAAGAAUGCCGUCAGAGGCGGAAUCCAAACACAUUCCGCGGAGAUGAUGAGUUUUGAGGCAUUGAAGGAACAGACCGUCCUAUCCUUCGCAGAGGCGAAAAAGAUUCGCAGUCGCAGCAAGCUGCUGAUCGAACAGAAGGAUCAACUGAUUCGGAAUCACCAGGUGAAGAUGAUGAAAAGCUUCAGCGAUGGCACUUGCUUGGAGCAUGCUAGAGAUGGCUUCCACGACUUCAUCGACUCCUCAGGUCUCGCAGAGGAGCUGAGCGAUGCGGAGGUGACGGCCUUCCAGGAACGACUGAUGGAGGAGAUGGAGGUCUUGUGCAAGCACCAUGGCACGGACACCAUCCAGGACCCCCAGCAACAGGCGACCGUUUUCAUCGCCGAUUUGUUGGAGGCGCUGCGUGCCGAGAUGCCUGUGCUGUCGGAGAGGCUCUUCCACCUGCUACAGCAGGAGGCCAGCUACACCCUGCACUUCACCGCCUGGUUGGCCAACUUUUCCGCGGCGGAUUUCCAGCGGCGCACAGGGAUCACCCAUACGGAUGAGACGGUGAAUGCGUCCAUGCUGCAAACCCAUGCGAUCACUGACAACAUCAUGACCCGCAGUCUGCCUGCGAGCUUCGAAUCUGCCAGCGAAUGGCCCGAAUGUGCGGAGAUCAUCAUGCGCAUCCACAACCAAGGUCAAUGUGGCAGUUGUUGGGCUUUCGGAGCAUCUUCUGCCUUGGACGCCCGCCUCUGCAUCGCCACAAAGGGCGUCUUCAGCGGCCCAAGGGCGCAGCUCUCGCGGGGCUUCGUGGCUUCCUGCGCUCCACCCAACAACGGGGAUGGCUGCCAGGGCGGAUGGUCAGAUUGGGUCUUUGACCUGAUGGCUGGAGGAGGAGUGCCCACCGGAGGUGAUUUGGGCUGUCACCCCUACUUCGGCCAUGGCGAGGGCACGGAACAUUUCGCCGUCAGUGGCAGUGCGCCACCAUGUCCCACGCAGUGUGGCAACAGUGGGUUCGGACGAACGCUCGGGGAGGACAAAUUCACCUUGACCACUCGCAAAUACAUCACCAUCGCCAGUUACUACCAUCCCUACCCCGAGAAGGUUUACCACUUGGCACGGGAGGCUUUGUUGCAGGGUGGACCCAUCCCUGCCUACCUCUAUGCAGAUUCGGGUUUCAUGGCCUAUGGUGGUGGCAUCUACACCCAUGGCUGCGACAGCAGUGCCAACCAUGCCAUUACGGUGGUGGGCUACGGCCCGGACUAUUGGAACUGUCUGAACUCUUGGGGCGAAGGCUGGGGAGUCAGGGGAACUUUCAAGGUGGGCCUUUGCGUCCUCACAGACUUCCAAAUACCCAGCCAUAGCUUGGCGGGUGACAGCUCGGGCUACAGCUUUCCAUUGGAAGGGAACAGCUCCAGCCCUACCUCUGGGCUGAACCCUUCCACUGAGUACACCAGUGUGGAAGCCCUGGCGAAGGAAGUUGACGUUGCGUGCCAGGGCACCAAUUGGGGCUACUGCGAGUUCCCAACCAUCAGCCCUUGCAAGGUGGAUGCAGCAGGGUGCAUCAGCAGCCCUGACUAUGACCCCUUCCUAGGCAACCUGUACCCUGAUCAUUCUGCCUGUAGCUUUGACGUCAAGGAAAAGGUGGCGAUGGAAGUGGAGGAUUUCAAUGUGGAAGCUGGCUAUGACUUUGUGAUUGUCAAUAAUGUGGCAUUCAGUGGCUCCUCUACUCCUCAUGGAAAGGUGGGGAUGACAUCUCCAGAGCAGGUGCCGGAGCCCAACAGCAUCAUUCAAUGGUACGCAGACUACAGCGUGAGAAUGACAGGCUUCAAGAUUUGUCACCGACCCUUGGGACCCUGUAAAGGCUCCGAGCGCUUUGAGCGCUCGAAGAGAGUGGAACUGCUGAAGACAGUCGAGGCGCUGAAAAGAUAUGAUCUCACUCUGAAGGAGUACACCAUUCUCUUUGCCUCGCUGUCCGCCCCGCUCUGGCCCCACGCCCUGCAUGGUCUUCACAGUCUCGGAGCUCGUCGCCUGCAGCCGGAUGCGGCGGCGCGGCACAGCGCGCUGCGGAUCGCUGGCUGGCGACGGGCGCAAUCCUUGCUGCAGCUGGAAUUGAAGCUUCACCGAGAGGGAGACAGCCGAGAUGUCACGGAUGCCGCCGCCCUGGCGGCUGGAGGCUACGGCAAGGCGGCACUGUGGCCUAUGGUGAGUUCUCUAAUGGCGUGCCUGCAGCACCGCUCCCUGCAGCCCUCCUUGCGCCUGGUCACCGCAGCCCUCGGCACCCUGGCUGCGCAGUGGCGUCGCGCGGCGGCGCUGACUUCGACGGAGGCGACGGAGGCGAUGGAUGCGCGGUUGGUGACGACGGCGGCAGGGGCCUAUAACAGGGCUCAGCAGUGGUUGUUCUCAUUGCGUUUGCUGAAGCGUGUGGAAUAUCUGUCAACGGACCCGCAGCUACAAGGCGUCUUGGUGGAUGCAUUGGCCAAGGGUCAGCAGCUUCCCAUGCUGCUUGAGACCUUGCAGUGGCGGCUGCGGCCCAACCUCAUCACCAUGACGGCUGCGCUGGGUGCAUGUGGACCUGACUCGGUGGGAGGAUUGAAGUCCUGGCAACUGGGGCUUCACAUGGCCCAGGCUCAGGAAGGUGCAGAUGUGGUGCUUUACAACCACUUGGUGUCAAUGUGUGAUAGAAUUGGCCACUGGGAACUGGCCCUGUUUUUGGGUCUUCGCGGCUGUCGUCAAGCGUCCCUGCGUUCGGACUUGGUGACUUGGAACUCCCUGGCCAGCGCGGCCACAUCCCAAUGGGAGACGGUGGCCACCCUGUUGCAGUCCAUGGGUAGCCGCAUGCUGCGGCCGGGCAUCGAAGCUGUUGGGGCGAUGCUCAGCGCUGCAAGGAGGGCGGGCAUUUGGGACGUCGCCAUGAAAAGCUUCGCGACGCUGAACGCGGAAGCCUUCGAUCGCCCCGUUGCCAUGGCGAUCGGUGCUUGUGACUUUAGUUCCCACUGGCCUCAUGGCGUGCACCUUUUGGAGAUGGCCGUGCCCGUGGGGCCUGGGACCUCUGGGAGGGGCCACGAAAGCUGCGCGGCGCUGGUGGAUUGCUGCAGCAAAGCUGGCUGCUGGCGGCGGGCAGCAGACACCCUGGUGGAGAUGCAGGGAAGAUCGAUGGAUGCUGGAGCUAUGGGUGGAAAGCCUGGAAUCCCCCGAUUUAAGGACGGUUCAGUUCCCAUUUUUAGAGGUGAGAUCCCCAUGUUAGGUUUGAUUUUGGUGGGUGAAAUCCACAUUUCUGUUCUUCAAAACCCACGUUUUUGCUCCGUGAAAUGACAUGUUUGCACCUCAGGUCAGAUGGCCCUUGCAGCGGCCAGGAACGGCAAGGCGCCCUGGUGGCACUGCGUGGCGUUUCUGCAGCAGUUCCAGGGCUUGGCCAUGGACCCGGAACCUUCAGUUUUUUGCGCAGCGCUGAUAGCGUGCGAAGGGACAGGUGAUGUCAAGGGAAGAGACACCGCCUCACCUCUGUUGGAGCAACUGCAGGGCCGUUUGGAGCGUUUUCUGCGC